GUACUGGAGAUACAAUAAAACCACAAACAAAAAUUGACCUCAUGGAGCUAAGGAUAAGCAGAAAGUAAGCAAAUGUGUAAUAGGUCAGGUAAGUAAGUGCUAUAAAAAAAACAAAGCAAGGAAGGGGAAUGGUGUCGAGGAAUUUUCUGUUUUGAUUAGUGUAGUCAGGGGCAGUCUUGCUACUGAAGGUGGAUUUUGCAGGUGGUUCAGGGAGGUGGACAUGUUCAAGUAACAGAAAGGAGGGCAGUGUAGCUGGAGUGGGAUGAGAGAGGGAGUAUGGCUCAGGGAGGACAUGAGAGAGGUGUUUGUAAUCUAAUCAUGAGGAGAUUAUAAAACCUUUGCGUUUACUGUGCAUGAGUUGGGAUACUGUUGGACAGUUAUUUCUAAAGAAAAGUGACAUGAUCUCAUAUUGGCCUUAAUUUUAUAAUGACAGAAUUAUGGAGCCCGCUGAAGUGGUUCUUGUAAUAAUUGAAGUGAUUACACUGGCAGCUUGGAUUAUAAUGCUGAUGGUAGAAUUGGUGAAAAAUGGUUAACUAGAUUCUGAAUACUUUUUUUUUCUGGGGCAUUUUAUUAUAGAAAAAUGAAUAUAGAUACACCUUGAAAGUAGCGCUAAUAGGACAUGCUGGUAGAUUAGUAAAAGAUUUGAGGAAAGCUAAGGAAUCAGGAAGGACUCUAGGGCAUGUGUUGUCAUUUUCUCUCUGUUGCUUUGCCUUUCAAAGAGACGACAAUAAACAAAUGAACUUUUUUUUUUUUUUUUAAAGAUUGGGGCCAGCACUGUGGUGUAGCAGGUAAAGUCGCCACGUGUAGCACCAGCAUCCUGUAUGGGCACCGGUUCAAGUCCUGGCUGCUCCACUUCUGAUCCAGCUCUCUGCUAUGGCCUGGGAAAACAGUAGAAGAUGGCCCAAGUCCUUGGGCCCCUGCAUGUGCUUGGGAGACCUGGAAAAAGCUCCUGGCUUCAGAUUGGCCCAGCUCCAGCUUUUGCGGCCAUUUGGAGAGUGAAUCAGCGGAUGGAAGACUUUUCUCUCUCCUUCUCUCUCUGUGUAACUCUUUCAAAUAAGUAAAUUUUUUUUUUAAAAGGAUUAAUUUAUUUGAAAGAGAAAGAGGGUGAGACUGAGAAGAAGGACGUUGUGCUUAAGGUUAAAUGAGGCCAUCAGGAUGGAGCCCUAAUCUGAUAGAACUAAUAUCCUUCAAAAAGAGAAAGAAACUAGCAGUCUGUCUUUCAUGUAAGCAUAUAGUGAGAAGGUGGCAAGCCAAGAAGAGAGCCCUCAUGAGAAACUGAAUUUUGCUAGUACUUUCACUCUGAACUUCCCAGCUUCUAGAACUGGGGGAUAUACAUGUCUGUUAUUUAACUCAUGCAGUUUGUGGUGUUUUGUUACAGUAGUCACAGCAGACUAAGACAGAUGGCCCUGGGCCUUAUCUUAAGCUUUGGCCAGCAAGAGCAGUUAUGUAAUGUACUUGAAUCUAGAGUUUGAAGAAGACAGCUUCUUGUUUGUUUUAAAGAUUUAUUUAUUUAUUCAAAAGGUAGAGUUACAGAGAGGCAUGAGCAGAGAGAACAAGAGAGAUCUUCCAUCUGCUGGUUCACUCCCUAAAUGGCCAAAACGGCUGGAGCUGGGCCAAUCUGAAGCCAGGAGCCAAGAGAUUCUUCUGGGUCUCCCAUGCUGGUGCAGGGGCUGAAGGUCUUGGGGCAUUUUCCGCUGUUUUCCCAGGCCAUAGCAGAGAGCUGGAUCGGAAAGUGGAGCAGCUGAGGCUCAAACUGGCACCCAUAAGGGAUGAUGGCACUGCAGGUGGGCAGCUUUACUCACUGCACCACAGCCCUGGCCCCAGAAGACAGCUUUUGAAGAAAGAGUGAUUCUAUUCAGAAAAAAAGUUUGAGAACCAAUGGUUCGGAUGUUCAGUAGUUUCUGUGUAUUAUAAAAGUGUGCCUGUCACAUACUAGGCAUGUAAUAAAUACUUAUUGAAAGACACUGGCGCUGUGGCUUUCUUGGUUAAUCCUCCGCCUGCCCCGCCAGCAUCCUAUAGGGGCGCCGGUUCUAGUUCCGGCUACUCCUCUUCCAGUCCAGCUCUCUGCUGUGGCCUGGGAAGGCAGUGGAGGAUAGCCCAAGAGCUUGGGCCCCUGCACCCACAUGGGAGACCGGGAGGAGGCUCCUGGCUCCUGGCUUCAGAUCAGCACAGUUCUGGCCUUAGGGCCAUUUGGAGGUUGAACCAACGGACGGAAGACUUUUCUCUCUGUCUCUCUCUCUCACUGUCUAUAACUCUACCUGUCAAAAAUAAAUGAAUAAAAAGACAAAUGGUAAGAUUUAUAGCUAUCAACUAGUAUAUAUAAUGCAUAACAUCAAAGUUAAUUUCUGAUUAUUGCAGAAGUGGAUUAUCUGCAAUCCAGACAAUCAUUUUAGAAUGUAUUCUGACAACCUGAAAUUGGGCUAUAGGGAAAGAUUUAAUACUGACCUCAGUGAUGUGAUUCUUUAGUUGCUACUUAUGGGCAGGCAGCCAGUUAUCAAGUUUAUCAGUGUCUUCAUUGUGCUAGUUGACUGGAGAGUACACAUGAGUGAGUCAGACACUUCCCUCAGGGAUGGUAAUAUUUGUUUGAACAACCGUGCUUAGGUAGAUCAAAUAAUAAGUAACGUAACUAUAUAAUCAAAUGAUAGAUGCUGCAGGAGUUACAGAAAAGAGAUUUUUGGGGAUUGUAGUAGUUAGGUAAGACUUGUAUGGGACAAGUUUACUUUUUCUACUUUUGAGGAAAUACAAAGGCUUUUUUUUUUUUUUUUUUUUGAGAGGCAGAGUUAGAGUCAGAGAAAGAGGUCUUCCUUCUGCUGAUUCACUCCUCAAGUGGCUACAGGGCCGAUCUGAAGCCAGGAGCUUCUUCUGGGUCUCCCACGUGGGUGCAGGGGUCCAAGAACUUGAGCCAUCUUCUGCUUUCCCAGGCCACCAGCAGGGAGCUGGAUCAGAAGUGGAGCAGUCUGGAUUCCAGCUGGUGUCCAUAUGGGAUGCUGGCGCUGCAGGCAGAGGCUUAUCUUGUGUCAUAGCGCUGGCCUCAAUACAAGGGGAUUUCAAAAAGUUUGUGGAAAAAUGGAAUUAACAGAGAAGUUUAAAUCCAUGCAUAGUUUUUUCAUAAUAUGCAGUUCCCAUAAACAUUUUUUUCUUUUUUAGAUUUAUUUUAUUUAUUUUAAAGGCAGAGUUAGAGGGAAGGAGGAGGGAGAGGAGGCAGAGUCUCUUCUCGUUCUUCCACGUGAGUGCAGGGGCCCAAGCACUUGGUCCAUCCUACUGCUUUUCUACUUACUACAUCCUACUUACUUGAUCCAUGCUACUGCUUUCCCAGAGCAUUAGCAGUGAGCUAGAUUGGAAGUGGAGCAGCUGAGACUUGAACUGGCAUCCAUAUGGGAUACCGGCGCCACAGGUGGAGGCUUAACCUACUAUACCACAGUGCUGGUCCCUACUUUGUUUUGUUUUAACUUUUUAAAAGAAGAUUUGUUUAUUUGACAGGCAGAAUUACAGAGGGAGAGACAGAAAUCUUGCAUCUACUGGUUUGCCUUGCAAUGGCCAGAGCUGGGCCAGUUUUAAGCCAAGAACCUGGAACUCCAUAUGGAUGUCCCUUCUGGGUGUCAGGGGCCAAAGUACUUGGGCUCUCUUCUGCUGCUCCUCCAGGUGCAUCAGCAGAAAGUUGAGGUGGAUCAGAAGUAGAGUAGUCAGGACUCAAACCCAUGUUCACAUGGGAUGAUGGUGUUCCAGGUGGUGGCUUAACCUGCUGUACCACAACACUGGACCUCUUCUUUAAUUUUAUUUUUAUUUUUUUUUAAGAUAUUUUAUUUAUUUAUUUGAAAGGGUUACAUAGAGAAGGAGAGGCAGAGAGAGAGGUAGGUCGGUUGGUCGGUCGGUCGGUCGGUCGGUCGGUCUGUCUGUCUGUCUGUCUGUCUUCCACCCGAUGGUUCACUCCCCAAUUGGCCACAACAAGCCAGUGCUGCGCCGAUCCAAAGUCUGUCUGUCUGUCUGUCUGUCUGUCUUCCACCCGAUGGUUCACUCCCCAAUUGGCCACAACAAGCCAGUGCUGCGCCGAUCCAAAGCAAGGAGCCAGGAGCUUCCUCCAGGUCUUUCCAUGUACAAGGGCCCAGGGACUUGGGCCAUCUUCCACUGUUUUCCCAGGCCACAGCAGAGAGCUGGAUUGGAAGUGGAGCAGCUGGGACUCGAAUCGGUGCCCAUAUGGGAUGCUGGCAUUGUAGGUGGAGGCUUUUCCUGCUACGCCAUAGCACUGGCCCCCCUCUUCUUUAUUUUUUACAGGCACAUUAUACUUUGAAGGUAAUGGGGUUGCCAUUAGUGUACUCAGUUUUUAGAAGAGGAUAGUGAGGGUUGCAUAAGAUGAUCCAUUCACAGGUAGCACUCUGAUGUGGGCAGUCAAUGCACUAAUUUCCAAUUCAAGUUAUUGUCUCCCACAGAGGCAGAAACACUAAGUGGAGAUUUGUAUUGUGUGCAGAUAGUAGCAGGAUUUAUUUAACAGUGAAGGAAUAAACACACAUUCAUGUGUGAGUGUGGGCUGCCCUGCAUAGAGAAAUACCCAUCAUGAGUGGAUCAAAGAGUUGGCCGCAAAUGAGAAAGAAAAAUUGGAAACGAUACCUCUGAGAGUGGGAGAAGUCCAUCCUAGAUCAUUCCAUGGUGGAAAGAGUCCCGUGAACUUUUUAAAGACACCUCAUAGGUGAAGUUUUCAGAUAAGAGGGCUCAUGGUUGCUCAUGUUCUUGCAACAGCAGAGCUCAGUUUCAGAGGUUCAUUACUGGGUGGGAUUCUGUGUUACUUUCCCACACGAGUAGAGAUAAUAUGUGCCAAAAAUUGAUUAAUUGGGUGUCUUUUUGGUGUUACGCACGGUGUUAAGUGCCAAAGGAUUCAAAGUGAACAAAUAUUUUAAGUAUGUGGAGGAGUAAAUACUCAAGCAAUAGUAUAAGCAUUUUGUUUUGCUAGAGUAUCUUUUUUUUAAGAUUUAUUUAUUUAUUUGAAAGAGUUACACAGAGAGCGAAGGCGAGGCAGAGAGAGAGGUCUUCUAUUCUCUGGUUGAUUCCCCAGAUGGUCACAAUGGCUGGAGCUGCGCCGAUUCAAAGCCAGGAGCCAGGAGCUUCUUCUGGGUCUCCCACGUCAGUGCAGGGGCCCAAGGGCUUGGGCCUUCCUCUGCUGCUGUCCCAGGCCAUAGCAGAGAGCUGGAUCAGAAGUGGAGUAGCUGGGACUCGAACUGGUGCUUAAAUGGGAUGCUGGCACUGCAGGCAGUGGCUUUACCCACUACGCCACAGAGAUGGCCCCUAUGGUAUGUUCUAAUAACUUUCUUUUAAAGCAUUCAUGGAAGGGGCCAGUGCUGUGGCAUAGUGGGUUAAGUCACCACCUGUAAUGCCAGCAUCCCAUAUGGGCUCCAGUUUGUGCCCUGCUGUUCCAUUUCCAAUCCAGUGCCCUACUAAUGCACCUGGAAAAAUCAGCAGAUGGCCCAAAUGUUGGGGCCUCUGCCACCCACAUGGAGACCCAGAUGAAGCUCCUGGCUUCAACCUGGUCCAGUCUAAGCUGUUGUUGCCAUUUGGGGAGUGAACCAGCAGAUAGAAGAUCUCUCUCCAUCUCUGUCUUUGUUUCUGUCUGUAAUGUUUUUAAAUAAAUAAAUCUUUAAUAAAAUAAAGGAUACAUGGUAGAUAAUCACUGAAUUUGUGUGCCAGAACAUUCCCUCCCUGUCUCUUUUUUAUAAUUAUUUUUAUGUGAAUGUUGUAUUGAAGAUAAUUUUUCUUGGGAAACGUGAAAGCAAGGAACUAUGCUUUCAAAAUUUUAGUUAUUAUUGAAGAAAAGGCUGAUGUUAAUAUCAUUACUUUUCUGAGGCAACUGCCAGUUCUUUUUCUCUAUAUCUUUUAGAUUUGCUAAUUCUUUAGUUUUUGUGGAGUUUUAUGAGGAUGUUUCUAGAUGUUUCUGAGUAGGACAUGUAUUGGGCUGUCAGUGUGAAAAAUAGAUGUUUAAUGUUUAUGUGUAUGAGACUAAAAAAUUUAUGAGAAAUUUAUUUUUCUGUUCUCUUUUCUGGAGCUGUUUGGUUGAAUGUUGGUUUUUCUGGAUUGAGUCUUUACCUUUUGAGAGAGAGAGAGAGAGAGAGAGAUUGAUUCAUUUUCCAUCAUGCUCAAACAGCCAGUUGGGCCAGGAUGAAGUCAGGAGCCAAGAACACCAUCCUGGUCUGUCACAUGGAUGGCAGGCCCGAGUACUUGCUUCAUCAUCUGCUGCCUUUCCAGGCACAUUAGUAGGAAGCUUGUUCAGAAGCAGAGUAGCCAGGGCUUGAAUUAGGGCAGUUGGAUAUGCAAGCAGCAGCUUAACCUCCCAUGUCACUAUGCUGACCCCAAUGAGUUUCUCUUAAAAUCCAUACUAGGCUGCUUAUAUUUAAGAAUGAUUGAUUAUAUGGAUUAAUCAAGGUGGAUUUCCUCCACUACUAUGAUGGUAGACCUUUCUCCUCAGAAAGAUUGAUUGGAAUUUCUGUGUUUGCAUGUGAUGAUGAUGUUUGCUGUAUCUUUGCAGGAAAUAUCUUUGGCCUAUAAAUAGUUGAAGGUGUGGGUUAGGGAGUUGGCCGUAAGACUGGAGUGACAGUUUUAGAGUAAGGAAGGUUUUACUUCCUUCUUUCUGUUUUCUCCAUCAGUAUGGUCAUGUGUUGAUUGGGUUUGUAAUGAAUAAUCUUGAUUCAGUUGGUGACCACCUCUCUUUGUUUUGAUACUGACUACCCUUUUAUUUCCUGAAAUUUUUGGGGAAAAUAUUGAAAUACAUAGACAAAUGGAAGGAUUAUACAAUGAGUCCUCAUAUACCCUUGAUAUAGUUAUAAAUUUUAUUGUUUACCUUAUUCACUCAGUUGCUCUCUAUAUAUGUAAAUUUCCUGACCACUUGAAAAUAAAUUGUAGACGUGACAGUACUUGAGGCCCAAGUACAUUAGCCUGAGGGGAUUCUCCUUCAUACCCACCAUACCAUGAUAAAACUCAAGAAAUUUAACUUUGAUAUAAGAUCUAGGGUGGGUUUGGUGCUGUUGCACAGCAGAUUAAAGCCAAAGCCUGCAGUGCCAGUAUCUCAUAUGGGUGCCGGUUCGAGUCCCAGCUGCUCCACUUAUGAUCCAGUUCCCUGCUAAUAUGCCUGGGAAAGCAGUGGAGUAUGGCCUAAGUGCUUUGGCUCCUGUACCCACUCCUGGUUCAUUGCUUCUGCCUGGCUCAGCCCCAGUCAUUGCGGCCAUUUGGGGAGUGAACCAGCAGAUGGAAGAUAUCUCUGUGUCUGUAACUCUGCCUUUCAAAUUAGUAAAUAAAUCUUAAAAAAAAAAAAAAAAAAGAUUGAGGAUAUGGUCCAAAUUCACAUUCCCUUAGCAGUCCUCCAAGUACCAUUUAUAGCUCUUUUUUCCUCUCAUGCAGGACUUAAUUAAGGUCACUUACUGCAUUUAGAUAUUCAGUCCCUUUUUUCUUUAAUGUUAAAAAAAUGGCUCCCUGACUUUUUUUUCUUUUUUCUUGCUUGACCUUUGAAGAACUCAGGUCACCUAUCUUAUGGAAUGUUCUACAGUCCAGACUUGUCUGCUUUUUGUCUUUUUUGUUACUGUUGUAACUGCUGCUUCAUUGAAUUUUAGUAAGAGGGAGAGGCAAAUGGUAUGCUCAGGCCAUCUGUAUUUUUUUGAUUUUUAUGGUUAUAUAAUGUUCCAUCUUUUCCCUAUUUUCAUCUUUCUGGUGGUUUUAAUUUUUCCUUUACUUUUUGCUAUUAUACAUAAACUUGCUUGGAAUAUUCUGUUACAUAUCUUUAUGAGGACAAUUCCAAAAUAUUUGCCUAAAAUGGAAUUAAAAGAGUAGUUCAUUUUGAUGCAAAAUUUUUUUAAAAUUCAUGCAGAAUUUUUUUUUAAAGAUUUAUUUUAUUUGAAAGGCAGAGUGAAGCAGAGUGAAGGAAAGAGGUCUUCCAUCUGCUGGUUCCUUCCCCAAAUGGCUUCGAUGGCUGAGGUCAUGCCCAGUGGAUACCAGGAGCCAGGAACUCCAUCUGGGUCUCCCACCUGAGUGGCAGGGGUCUGAAUACUUGGACCAUUUUCUGCUGCUUUCCCAGGUGAAUUAGCAGGGAGCUCGAUCAGAGCUGGGCAGCUGGGAUUCUAACUGGUUCUCCUAUAUGGGAUCCGGUGUCCUAGGUGACAGCUUAACCCUCUGUAUUGUAAAACCAGACCAUGACCUCAUUAUAGACAGAGAGACAGAGAGAAAGGUCUUCCUUCUGUUGGUCCACCUCACAAAUGGCCGCCAUAGCUGGCACACUGCGCCAAUCCAAAGCCAUGUGCCAGGUGCUUCUCCUGGUCUCCCGUGUGGGUGCAGGCACUCAAGCAUUUGGGCCAUCCUCCACUGCACUCCCUGGCCACAGAGAGAGCUGGACUGGAAGAGGAGCAACCGGGACAGAACCUGCGCCCCAACCGGGACUAGAACCUGGGGUGCCGGCGUCGCAGGUGGAGGAUUAGCCUAGUGAGCCGUGGCACCGGCACCUUUUUUUGUAAUACGUGUUUUCCAUGAAUAUUUUGAACUUUUCAUACAUUAUUUCCUUUUGAAAAAUUUCCCUUGUACUACACUUACUGGACUGAUGAGACUUUUAGGUCAAGGAUCUGAAAAAUCAUCAAUUAUCUCUAAAAAUGUUUAAAUCAGCUGAAUCAGUUAUGACUUCCUGAUAAAAAUGUACAGGAGUACUUCUAACAAAGUUCUAAUUCUAAAAACAAUACCCUGGAUAUUUGUAUGAUUACGAGUGACUUUGUUCUUGUAAACUUAUUUAACAAGAAAAUGUAAAAAAAAAAGUGUUAGGGCUUCUUUAGCUCCCUUUCCUCUUCAGUGCUCUGUCUCCUCUGUUUGUUGUGUACCCUUGCUGAUCUUUUCCUGGGCUGGCGUUGGGGCAUGGCAGGUUAAGCUCCCACCUGUGACACCAUCAUUCCAAAUGGGCACUGGUUUGAGUCACAGCUGCUUGACUUCUGAUCCAGCUCCCUGCUAAUACAUCUGGGAAAGCAUUGGAAGAUAGCUGAAGUUCUUGGGACCCUGCCAUCUAUGUGGGAGACCUAGAUGGAAUUCCCAGCUCCUGGCUUCAACCUGGCCCAGCCUGGGCUGUUGUGGCCAUUUGGGGAGUGAACUAGCAGUUGGAAGAUACUUCUCUCAUUCCACCUCCCUCCUCUGCCCCCUGCAUCAACUCUUUUAAAUAAAUAAAAAAACUUAAAGUGUUAGGGUCCCUUUAGCCCCCUUUCCUCAUCUGUCUCCUGUGUUUGCUGUAUAUCUUUUCUAGAUCUUUUUGUAUGUUUUUUGGACAUAAAUGUCAAACAAGUGUGUAUAUAUGUUUUUUCUUUUUACAUAUUAUGAACACAGAGAUUCUGCAUUUUGUUUUUCUCACUUAACAGUAUGUUUUGAGAUCUAUGUUAGCAAUCAGAGAUCAGUCUCACGCUGCUGUGUGGUAUUGCCCAGUGUGGAUGGACUUUAUUUUAUAUAUGUAUCCUUGUUGCAAGACAUUUGAGUUGUUUCUAAUAGUUUAAGUAACUUUUCUUUCCAGGAUAUCAAAAUCUGAAAGUAUUGAGAGACUGAAAGGUCUGUGAGGUCGCUGGUUUUUUUUGUCUUAAUUUUACAUGGUUUUAUGAGUGUUGUAGAAAGAGGAAGUAAUGUUUUCCGUCAUGUGAUAGCAUUUCAUUUGAUUUCUUCAUUAAAAACAUGUAAUCUAUAAAAAGAAAAUCACUCUUGGAUACAAAUUAUUAUUACUGUUUUUAAGAUUUAUUUAUUUAUUUGAAAGAGUUAUAGAGAGAGAGAAGGAGAGAUUUUCCAUUUGUUGGUUCACUCCCAAAAUGGCUGCAACUGCCAGGGUUGGGCCAAGUGGAAGCCAGGAGCUUUGUCUGGGUUUCCCUUUUAAGUGCAGGGACCCAAGCACUUGCAAACUUGGGCCAUCUUCCGUUGAUUUCCCAGGCAUGUUAGCAGGGAGCUGGAUCGGAAGUGAACAGCUGAAACCCACAUGGUGCCCAUAUGGGAUGUUCACGUUGUGGUUGGUGGCUUAACCAAUUUUUAUGCAGCGUUUUGUGUGUAAAGAUAUUUGAAUUACUUACAGGUUCCCAAUGAAAAAGAUUUAUAAGCUGCUUUAAAGUAAUGAGUAAAUCAGUAAACAUUAAAAAGAAAAUAGCAUUUCUUCCUCGAUUCUAAUGUUAAUACCUACCAAGAAGAGGUAGAAACUUUAAGAAAGGAAAUAUAAAUCAUCCCAAAUUUCACUCCAAGUAGGCAAUAUAUACUUAUUUUUAUUUUUUGACAGGCAGAGUGGACAGUGAGAGAGAGAGAGAGAGAGAAAGGUCUUCCUUUGCCGUUGGUUCACCCUCCAAUGGCCGCCGCGGCUGGCGCGCUGCGGCCGUCGCACUGCGCUGAUCCGAUGGCAGGAGCCAGGUACUUAUCCUGGUCUCCCAUGGGGUGCAGGGCCCAAGCAUUUGGGCCAUACUCCACUGCACUCCCUGGCCACAGCAGAGAGCUGGCCUGGAAGAGGGGCAACCGGGACAGAAUCUGACGCCCCGACUGGGACUAGAACCUGGUGUGCCGGCGCCGCAAGGCGGAGGAUUAGCCUAGUGAGCCGGGUGCUGGUGCAAUAUAUACUUUAAACCCAUUAGGUCUCAAGUUUUCAAUUCUGCAAGCACUCAGUGACAUAAUAGUUAUUUUGAAGUUACUAUUAAGUGAUAUACUUAUUGCAGAUUUUAAGUGUGUAUAGGACAAUGGAACAUAGUAUAUAUAGCAUUUCUGUGACUGUUCUCACAAAUACUGGAUUGUAUGUUUCUUUAUGUAAUACAUAUACACACAGACAUUUGUAUGUAAUAUGUAAGUGGAAUUAUACUUUCCAUAGUAUUCUGUAGUUUUUUUCCACAGUGGUCAUAAAAAUCUUUGACAUUGAAUAUACAUAUAUAUCAUGCUCUUAAUGUCUGUGAAGUAUUUCUGUUUAUAAAAUAUAACUGAUUGAUUCUGACCAGUCAAAUGGUAGAGGUGGUUCUCCAGUGGGCUUUAUCUCUAGGGAAUUCUCUGGGCCAGAAAUUUUGUGGAAUCACCUAUUAUAGCACCAAAAGGUGGUUGAGGAUUUAAUGACUUUCUGGUGGAGUUCAUUUUCUCUGGAAUUCUCUAGAAUUCAUGGCAAUGUGGGGAGAGUAUGGGAAUAGGGCUCAGAGUGUGAGUUCUUUUGUGGGAUAUGAGGCUUGAGAUAUGAAUUCACAUAAUUUGCCAGGCUCUAAGUGAAGAGAAUUAGGAGUGUUGGGGUGCAAUUGAGAAAAUAAUGGAAACUGUGAAGGGCAGCAGAGCAAAGAAAAGACCAGAGCCUUACCAGUUAUGGAAAGGAAGGGACUUUGUGUUUUUUUUUUUUUUUUUUAAAUAAGGCUAGUUAGGGAGGUAGAUCUCUCGCAGAGCUGGCUACUGAUCUUUUGGCCUUCAUGGAUUGAAUGUUUAUUUGUAGAUAGCUGCCUAAAAUGUUACUUUCAUCUCACAACCUAGACGGAGUAGAAUACCAGGUGGUCAGGAUGUACCUCCAACUAUUUAGUUCUCUUACUUCCUCUUUUCUUUUUUUAAAAAAAUGAGAAGCAUUCUGUUUGUACUUUGUGUUCUGCUUCCUUAAAAAGCACUCCAGGCAUUUAGCCAAUCAUUUUAAAAGAAUAUUAUGCUUUUUAAAAAAGAUUUUAUUUAUUUAUUUGAGAGGUAGAGUUACAGACAGAGGGAGAAACAGAAAGGUCUUCCCCUCCACUGGUUCAUUCCUCAAAUGGCUGCAACAGCCGGAGCUGGGCCAGCCCAAAGCUAGGAGCUUCUUCUGGGUCUCCCACGUGAGUGCAGGGGCCCAAACACUUAGGCCAUCUUCUUCAGCUUUCCCAAGGCCAUAGCAGAGAGCUGGAUUCGGAAGAGGAGCAGCUAGGACAUGAAUAUGGGAUACAGACGUGGCAGGUGGAGGCUUAGCCUACUAUGGCACAGCCCUGGCCUCUCUUAUGCUUUUCUUUAAAGAGUAUAUAGUUAGCCUUGUUUAAAGAAUGUCUUUAUUCUUUGUUUAUUUUUGUUACUUUUUUGAAGAUUUAUUUAUUUGAAAGGCAGAGUUACGGGGGUAGGGAGGGAGACAUAGAUGUUCAAUUAGCUAGUUCACUCCCCAGAUGGCCGCAGUGGCUAGGGCUGGGUCAGGGGGAAACCAGGAGCUUCAUGCAGAUCUCCCACAUGGGUAACAGGGGCCCAGGCACUUGGACUAUCUUCUGCUUUUCCCAGGUCAUUAACAGGGAGCUGGAUUGGAAGUGGAGCAGCCAGGACACUAACCAGAGCCCAUAUGGGUUGGCAGCUUUACCUGCUAUGCUACAAUCCAGAUCUUCUUUCUUUAUUUUUGAAAUGAUUUAUUUAUUUGAAAAGCAGAGUUAGAGAGAGAGGGAGAAAGAGAUUGAUCUUCCAUCCAUUGGGUCAGGCUGGAGCCAGUGGCCUGGAACUCUGUCAAAGUCUUUCGUGUGGGUGGCAGGGGCCCAAGUACCUGGGCCACCUUCCACUGCUUUCCCAGAUGCAUUAGCAGGAAGCUGGAUGGGAAGUGGAGUGGCCAGGACUGGAACUGGCACUCAUGUGGGAUGGUGGCUUUGGCCCAGCCUGCUGUGCCACAAAAACAGCCCCAGAUUCUUUCUUUAUUUUUUUUUUUGAAAAAAGAAUCAACAACUGCUACUACUACUACUAAUUAGGAAGAUACUGGGAUAUAAAAAAAGAUACCCUGACUCCCAAAAUAUGUGUCAGAAAACCUGGGCCCAGUUCUACUCUGCUGUGGUUUAAUCUUUGGAACAAAACUUUAUUCAAAAUAUCUAGAGAGGCUGGCGCCGUGGCUUAAUAGGCUAAUCCUCCACCUGCGGCGCCGGCACCCAGGGUUCUAGUCCCGGUUGCCCCUCUUCCAGGCCAGCUCUCUGCUGUGGCCAGGGAGUGCAGUGGAGGAUGGCCCAAGUGCUUGGGUCCUGCACCUGCAUGGGAGACCAGGAGAAGCACCUGGCUCCUGGGUUCGGAUCAGCACGGUGCGUCGGCCGCAGCACGCCGGCUGCAGUAGCCAUUAGAGGGUGAACCAACAGUAAAGGAAGACCUUUCUCUCUGUCUCUCUCUCUCACUGUCCACUCUGCCUGUCAAAAAAUAAAAAAAUAAAAUAAAAUAAAAACUAUCUAGAGAGUAGAACAGAAAAGGAGUAAAUUUGGGGGUGGGGAUUGUGCUUGUUUAUAAUUCAUUAUAUAGCACUUUUUAAAAAUAAAGAUUUAUUUAUUUAUUUAUUUGAAAGGCAGAGUUACAGAGAGGCAGAGAGAGAGAGGGAGAGAUCUUCUAUCCACUGGUUCACUCCCCAAAUGGCCGCUACAGCCAGAGUUGAGCUGAUGCAAAGUCAGAAGCCAGGUGCUGCUUCUGGGUUUCCCACGCAGUUGUAGGGGCCCAAGGAAUUGGGUGGGCCAUCUUCUGCUUUCCCAGGCCAUAGCAGAGAGCUGGAUUGGAAUUGGAGCAGCUGGGACUUGAACCAGCGUCCAUAUGGGAUGCCGGCACUGCAGGCGGCAGUUUUACCUGCUACACAACAGUGCCUGCCCCAGCACUUUUUUUUUUUUUUAAGAUUUAUUUAUUUAUUUGAAAUUCACAGUUAGCGGGAGAGAGAGAGAUCGAGAUCUUCUGUCUUCUAUCUGGUUCAUUCCCCAAACGGCCACAACGACUAGGAUAGGGCCAGGCUGAAGCAAAGAGCUUCAUUCAGGUUUCCUGCAUGGGUGCAGGGUCCCAAGCACUUAGGCCAUCCUCCACUGCUCUGCUUUCCCAGGCACAUUAGCUGGGAGCUGGAUCAGAAGUGGAGCAGCCAUGAUUCGAACUGUUUCUCAUACAGGAUGCCAGUGUUGCAGGCAGUGGCUUUAUCCAUUAUGCCACAAUGCUGGCCCAAUAAAGCACCUGAAAAGUAGAGAUGAAGUAGUAUCACUCCAUGCUCUCUGCAGUUUUAUUCUGCUUUGAUAGAUGCUGUUUCAAAAUUGUUUUUUGUUCCCUAUCUCUCUGUUAAUGAACUUAAAUACUAUGUGAAAAGCUAGAAUAUGUACCUUAAAAUAAUAUGGUAUUCGUUAACUUAAACUUUUGUUGAAUGAAAGCAGCUUCAUAGACGUUGGAUAUGUGAAGAUGGGUAACAUAUGAUCCCCACCCGUACAGAAAUAAUUGUUUAAAAGAGUGAGAUAUAUGAAGAGUGAAAUAUGUAGGAGAGUGAGAAAUAUAUGUUCCAAUUAUGUAUAUGGUCAAUAGCAAUUGGACAAAAAGGAGGGGCUAUUCAGUUCUGUUUUGUGAUGUAGAGAUGCCUAAAAAAGCUCAUCAUGGCAGAUGACUUUUAAGAAGGAGUUGUUUGCUUUGUAGGUGGGGAUGGGCUGGGACAGAGUGGAGGCUGUGGAGAGACUGCUCAGGUCAGUUAGGAGCAUCAUUACCAGUGCCAGAGAGGCCUGGAUCAUCAUGACAUCACAGAUGGCUUUCACUGGGUAAUAUGAUGUGUGUGGAGUUGUUGUUCUAGAAACGUAGUCAGAGGAGGUAGAACUUUAUUCAAAAGAUUCAUAGAUGGGUAAUUAAUAAAGUCAGGAAAAGAUUAUUUGGCAAAUAGGGAGUGACAAGAUUCUAGGAAGGGGCAUUACUUUGCAGCUGUUAAAGUAAUCUACCUCAAACUGACAUGGGCCUUCACUCUCCAAAUGUUUAAAGAUCGAAAUGGAACUUGGAAGAAUAAAAGAUGUAAAAACAGUGAAACACUUGAAUGAUUUUGUUUGUGUUUGGUGAAGGAGAGGGAAGAAUCAGGCUGGUUCUCCCUGGGCUUUAAAAGAUGCUAGUGCUGUUUGAAGAGAUGCUAGGUUGGAAGGAAUAAUAAUUAAUUUGAAUGUGUUAAGUUGGUAAGAGACAUCCAGAGGCCGGAGCCGUGGCUCACUUGGCUGGUCCUCUGCCUGCGGCGCCAGCACCCCAUGUUCUAGUCCCGGUUGCUCCUCUUCCAGUCCAGCUCUCCGCUGUGGCCCGGGAGGGCAGCAGAGGAUGGCCCAGGUCCUUGGGUCCCUGUACCCACAUGGGAGACUGGGAAGGAAGUACCUGACUCCUGGCUUCGAAUCAGUGCAGCGCCAGCCGUAGUGGCCAUUAGGGGAGUGAACCAAUGGAAAGAAGACCUUUCUCUCUGUCUCUCUCUCACUGUUUAUAACUCUCUCUCACUGUCUAACUCUGCCUGGCAAAAGAAAAAAAAAAAAAAAAAAGAGAGACAUCCAGAAAGAUGAUGUGUUCUUAUAGGUAUUUGGCUCUGGAGCUUCAGGUAAGGGUGUAUGGUCAAGAAUUGAGAGUCAUCGGAUUGAAAUGUUAAAUUUCUCUGCUAAUUUCUAAAUUGUUACUCUAAUUUCUUAAAGUCCUCAGAGCUUCCUUAAAACAGCUAUUUUAAAUUUUUGUCUGGUUAUUUGUACACUUCUGUCUCUUUUUUAGGAUCAGUCACUAACAUCCAUUGUUUGGUGACAUCAUAUUUCCCUGAUUAUUCUUGAUGCUUUGGCUGUGUAUCUUUCUUUAUGUAUUAAAGAAGUGAGUGCUUAUUCUGGUCCUUGUAGUCUAAGUCUGGCUUUGGAAACAUCCAUGGACAGCAGUCCCUAAGCCGAUGACUGCAGCAGCUAUUGUAGAACUACGGGGUGCCCUAAACCCAGGGCUGCUACAAGCUGCCACAGGCCUGCAUGGAAUCCUGUGUCUUCUGAGGCUGGCCCAGUACUGUACUGGAAUCCUUGGUCAGUGAGGUUGGUGCAGCACAGGGUCACUCUAAACCCAAAGCCCCAAAGGUCUGCCUGCUAUUGAUAUUUGUCUGAAGCCCAAGGCUGCCGCAGUUGGCCAGCGGCAAUACGGGCUGGUACUCAAAUCUGUCUGACAGGGGCUACAGUUUCUGUCUGAUUCUGGCAGUGGUAGGGAACAAUAAGGCCUGCAAAAUUAUUUACUCUGGCAACUACACGCAGGACUCGAAAUUCAAUAAAUCUGUAGCAGGCCAAUUUGGAAGUUGGUAAUUUUGUAUGGCCUGUGAAUGAUUUAUAAAUAACCAAAUGGCACUUGCAGAAAAAAGAUUCCCUGCUGCUGCAAGAAGGUCAGUUUGCAGAUACUGGCCUGUAUUUAGGGGCUGUUAAGAUUUUGCCCAGUGCUGGUUUUUACUGUGGUGGGCCUAGUGUUGGGGCCAAAGAUAAAGUUCUCUCUCUCUCUUUUUUUUAAAGAUUUAUUUUAUUUAUUUGAAAGAGUUAGAGAGGGAGGUAGAGCCAGAGAGAGAAAGAGAGAGAGAGUGCAAGCAAGCAAGAGUGGUCUUCCAUCCACUGGCUCACUGUCAAAAUGGCCGCAGCAGCCAGAGCUGAGCUGAUCCAAAGCCAGGAGCCAAGAGCUUCCUCCAGGUCUCCCACACGGGUGCAGGGGCCCAAAGACUUCAGCCAUCUUCUGCUUUCCCAGGCCACAGCAGAGAGCUGGAUUGGAAGAGGAGCAGCUGGGACUCGAACAGGCACCCAUAUGGGAUGCCGGCGCUGCAGGCCGGGGCUUUAACCCUUUAUGCUGUAACGCCGGCCCCUAUGAUACUAUACUUACUUUGCUCCCUUUCCCCUGAGCAGAUGAUAGCUCUCUGUUGUGCUAUCUUGUUUUGGAGAAGGGGUGAUGGAGGUGAAGUAAAACUGUCCUUCAAUUAGCUAUCCUUGUGGCACAAUGAAUUGAGCCACUGCUUGCAUUGUAGGCAUCCUGUAUUGGAGCACCAGUUAGAGUCUCUGCUGCUCAGCUUGAUCUAGAUCCCUGCUUUUGCACCUGGGGAAGGCAUAGAAAGAUGAUCCAAGUACUUGGGCCAUUGCCAGCCAAGUAGAAGACCAGAAUCGAAUUCUGGGCUCCUGACUUCAGCCUGGCCCAGUCCUCAUCAUGGCCAUCUUGGGAGUGAACCAGUGAGUGGAAUAUCAAUCUGUCUUCUCUGUCUGUGUCUCUCUAUCUCUGUCUCUUCCUCCCUCUUUGUUGCUCUGCCUUUCAAAUAAAGGAAGUCCUUUGAAAAAACUGUCCAUCUUACCCUCUUCAACGUGUCUCUUCUUGUUGUGCUGUGUUUUCUUAGUUCUUGUGCAGGUAAUUCUGUAUGGGUAGUUGUUCAGUUUGUUUCUUUGGGGAUGAUUACUGAAAAGUCUUAUUCUGUCAUUUUGCUCUACCCUCCUCUAGCGUGGAUUAUGGAACCAUGCAUGGAGUAUAAAUUUGGAUUUUAUAUCCUUAUGUGGCAUAGCCUGAUAUUUUAAUUCUCAGAGGUCUCUCCCAUUCCUUUCCAGUGGGAGCAAGCAAAUGGUGGCUUGCUGCUGCUCAGAGUAUAUGGGUAGAAAAUUUCCAGCUUUCUUCUUUCCUCAUGUUGAUGUCCCCUUUUCAGACUUUUUGCCCUCAAAAUAGGGGCUUUAAUUUCAGCUUUCUCUCGAAAUAGGCUGAGUUGGAUGUUCUGUGUCUGGAGUCCCAGUAACCCCUUUGGACUGGUAUCAGCCAGAGCUUAUCUCUGGCUUUGAGUUCCUUUUUUCUGGCUCCUGGGCAUUCUCUCCAUCUUCCCCUUUGUGUGUUCAGCUAUAUAUUCUGAUUUUUCAAAUUGAUCUGGCAUUUCAGUGAGUGUAUUUGGGCAUAUGGAUAUAUUAGUACAGUCUACCUUAUUGCUUGAAUCAGAACUAAUAAAUUAUUUUUUUUUAAGAUUUUUUAUUUAUUUAUUUGACAGAGUUACAGACAGUGAAAGGGGGUGACAGAGAGAAAGGUCUUCCUUCCAUUGGCUCACCCCCCAAAUGGCCGCUACGGCCGGAGCUACGCCGAUCGAAAGCCAAGAGCCGGGUGCUUCUUCCUGGUCUCCCACGCGGGUGCAGGCGCCCAAGCUCUUGGGUCAUCCUCCACUGGCUUCCUGGGCCACAGCAGAGAGCUGGACUGGAAGAGAAGCAACCGGGACUAGAACCCGGCGCCCAUAUAGGAUGCCGGUGCCGCAGGCGGAAGAUUAACCAAGUGAGCCACGGCGCCGGCCCUCUUGGUUUAUUUUCUACAAAAAGUAUUUUAGAUCAACCUUUCUACUUCUCCUACACCUGCACAGUUAAUAAGCCGUUCCCAGGCUUCCAGUUCUACCAGCGGCAGUAUUACCCAACAGACAAUGUUACUAGGGAGUACCUCCCCUACUCUAACGGCAAGCCAAGCUCAAAUGUAUCUCCGAGCUCAAAUGCUGAUUUUCACACCCGCUACCACUGUGGCUGCUGUACAGUCUGACAUUCCUGUUGUCUCGUCGUCAUCGUCAUCUUCCUGUCAGUCUGCAGCUACUCAGGUUCAGAAUUUAACAUUACGAAGCCAGAAGUUGGGUGUAUUAUCUAGCUCACAGAAUGGUCCACCAAAAAGUACUAGUCAAUCCCAGUCAUUGACUAUUUGUCAUAAUAAAACAACAGUGACCAGUUCUAAAAUCAGCCAACGAGAUCCUUCUCCAGAAAGUAAUAAGAAAGGAGAGAGCCCAAGUCUGGAAUCACGAAGCACAGCUGUCACUCGGACAUCAAGUAUUCACCAGUUAAUAGCACCAGCUUCAUAUUCUCCAAUUCAGCCUCAUUCUCUAAUAAAACAUCAACAGAUUCCUCUUCAUUCACCACCUCCCAAGGUUUCGCAUCAUCAGCUGAUAUUACAACAGCAACAACAGCAAAUUCAGCCAAUCACUCUUCAGAGUCCAACGCAAGACCCACCCCCAUCCCAACACUGUAUACCACUCCAAAACCAUGGCCUUCCUCCAGCUCCCAGUAAUGCCCAGUCACAGCAUUGUUCACCAAUUCAGAGUCAUCCUUCUCCUUUAACAGUGUCUCCUAGUCAGUCACAGUCAGCACAGCAGUCUGUGGUGGUGUCUCCCCCACCACCUCAUUCACCAAGUCAGUCUCCUACUAUAAUUAUUCACCCACAAGCACUUAUUCAACCACACCCUCUUGUGUCAUCAGCUCUCCAGUCAGGGCCAAAUUUGCAACAGUCCUCUGCUAAUCAGGUACAACCUACAGCACAGUUGAAUCUUCCAUCCCAUCUUCCACUUCCAGCUUCCCCUGUUGUACACAUUGGCCCAGUUCAGCAGUCUGCCUUGGUCUCCCCGGGUCAGCAGAUUGUGUCUCCAACAUCACACCAGCAAUAUUCAACCCUGCAGUCAUCUCCAAUCCCAAUUGCAACCCCUCCACAGAUGUCAACAUCUCCUCCAGCUCAGAUUCCACCACUGCCUUUGCAGUCUAUGCAGUCUUUACAAGUGCAGCCUGAAAUUCUGUCCCAGGGCCAGGUGUUAGUGCAGAAUGCUUUGGUGUCAGAAGAGGAGCUUCCAGCUGCAGAAGCUUUGGUCCAGUUGCCAUUUCAGACUCUUCCUCCUCCACAGACUGUUGCGGUAAACCUACAAGUACAGCCACCAGCACCUGUUGAUCCACCAGUGGGAAUGCAUUUGAACCAGUGUCAUCUGCACAAAGUUUUUUCUCUUAAGGUUUAUCAGGUAGAAGAUGUGUGUGAAGAAGAAAUGCCAGAGGAGGCAGAUGAAUGUGUACGAAUGGACAGGACCCCACCACCACCCACUUUGUCUCCAGCGGCUAUAACUGUCGGGAGAGGAGAAGAUCUAACUUCAGAACACCCUUUGUUAGAGCAAGUGGAAUUACCUGCUGUGGCAUCUGUCAGUGCUUCAGUAAUUAAAUCUCCAUCGGAUCCCUCUCAUGUUUCUGUGCCUCCACCUCCGCUCUUACUUCCGGCUGCUACCACAAGGAGUAACAGUACAUCUAUGCCCAGUGGCAUUCCAAAUGUGGAAAAUAAACCUCCACAGGCUAUAGUUAAGCCACAGAUCUUGACCCAUGUUAUUGAAGGCUUUGUGAUUCAGGAGGGAUUGGAGCCAUUUCCAGUGAGUCGUUCAUCUUUGCUAAUAGAACAACCUGUGAAAAAGAGGCCUCUUUUGGAGAAUCAGGUGAUAAAUUCUGUAUGUGUUCAGCCGGAGUUACAGAAUAAUACAAAGCAUGCAGAUAAUUCAUCUGACACAGAGAUGGAAGACAUGAUUGCUGAAGAGACAUUAGAAGAAAUGGACAGUGAGUUGCUCAAGUGUGAAUUCUGUGGGAAAAUGGGAUAUGCUAAUGAAUUUUUGCGGUCAAAACGGUUCUGCACUAUGUCAUGUGCCAAAAGGUACAAUGUUAGCUGUUCUAAAAAAUUUGCACUUAGUCGUUGGAAUCGUAAGCCUGAUAAUCAAAGUCUUGGGCAUCGUGGCCGUCGUCCAAGUGGCCCUGAUGGGGCAGCAAGAGAACAUAUCCUUAGGCAGCUUCCAAUUACUUAUCCAUCUGCAGAAGAAGACUUGGCUUCUCAUGAAGAUUCUGUGCCAUCUGCCAUGACUACUCGGCUGCGCAGGCAGAGCGAGCGGGAACGAGAGCGUGAGCUUCGGGAUGUGAGAAUUAGGAAAAUGCCUGAGAACAGUGACUUGCUACCAGUUGCACAAACAGAGCCAUCUAUAUGGACAGUUGAUGAUGUCUGGGCCUUCAUCCAUUCUUUGCCUGGCUGCCAGGAUAUUGCAGAUGAGUUCAGAGCACAGGAGAUUGAUGGACAGGCCCUUCUCUUGCUAAAAGAAGACCAUCUCAUGAGUGCAAUGAAUAUCAAGCUAGGCCCAGCCCUAAAGAUCUGUGCACGCAUCAACUCUCUGAAGGAAUCCUAACAGGAACCUGAGGCUUUGAUAUAACAGCUGUUUUACUCUUCUCAAACAGACUUGUAAGGUAAAGGCUUAACUCGGCCUGGAAUAUUAAACUUUUUGUGGUGGAUAGCCAAGCACAUUGGGAUUUCUGCAUCAAAUGCUGACAUUUCUACAGAUAGAAUAAUUCAUCAUACAUUUUCAUUAUUAGCCAACAUUGGUAAAGUUAAUUUUGCAGAUUACAUGCAACAUUAAAAGACUUGGUAGAGAAGACCAUGAUAUUUUUCAAAGAAAUGUGUUAUACCAGAUAAUUUUUUAAAAGUAAUGCUUAUCAUUAAUAUAAAGAAUCCUUUUAAAACUAACUUAAUAAUUUACAUUUCUCCUCUUCGUAUUUGGUUUUCUUAUACAUUUUUCUACCCUAUUAGUUUUCUAAAAGUUGUCAUUAGAGAUAAGUUGUGGAAUGACUUACAAGUCCAAUGACAGAAUCAUGCAGUGAAACAUCAGUGUGCAUUUUAAAAAACAUGUCUUUUAGACAAAUGCUAUUAAAAAAGAAUUGCGUUCUAGCAUGAAUAAUACUGAUCUAGAGGUCAGAAGAAUUGGUUUCUGUUCUAAACUUGAGUUUCAGUUUCUGUGCAUUGAGAGCAGAUGUUCUCCUAGGAGGUCAGUUUUUCCUCCCCAGAGGACAAUUAACAAUACCGAGAGACAUCUUUGGUUGUCAUAGCUCAGAGUUAAUGUUGGGGAGCGUUGCUGCUGGUGUCUCCUGGGCAGAGGCCAGAGAGGCUGAGUAUGUUACAGUGCACAGGAUAGCCCUCUGCCACAGAGGGUAUCCGGUCCAAAGUGUCAGUAGCGUCCAGAUUGAGAAAACUAGAUGUAAAAGGAGUGAUGAUGUUGCUCUUUUCCACCCAGAGGGACGUUUUAAAAAGGCAACAAGGAAUAUAUAUACAGUGGGACUGUUAUUUAGGUAGUAUUAAUAUUCUGAUGAAGUACUUUAUCCAGUUUUAUGCAUACUAGAAAAUGGGAAAGAAAUCCAUAAAACUGACUUGUAAAAUAAGGACUAGCAUAUAAAUAAUUUGACUCUGAGAAAGGAAUGCUUUAUAUUAUCUUUCUUAUCUCUCUGCUCCUCUGCACUGAUGAAGGCAUAAUCUAAUUAUGCUAUGAACCAGCGCACUCUUUCUGUCGAGGAAAUGGUUUGUAGCAGAUAGUGAUUGCUCUGUGGAAUUUUUCUGAUGUUGAAUGUGCUGGGUCUAGCUAGAACGCACAUUUCUUUUUCCGUUACUAAACUGUUGCAUGCUUCCUGCAAAGCACUUACCGAGUGAUUUCUGCUGGAUGAUCAGAUCUGAUUUUAUAUGUACAUGCUUCAGGGAAAAAAAUUAAACAAAACCUUCCCUUGAACAGUUCUAUGGAAUUAUGAAACUAAACCAGAAUUGCUUGUAGGAACCCUAAGAACAUCGUAGUCCUAGAUAUGAGAAACUUUUGAUAUAGAAGGUUUUGUUUUCAUCUUUUCCUGUUUCUUCUAUGUACCAUGUGCUUGAGAUAGUUUGCUGAUUGCAGGAACAUACAGCAGUAUUUGGCGGAAGUUCAGUAAGUGGGAAAAGAAGAGUCCGAGAGUUUCAUUUUCACUGCUCUUUUCACAAAAAUUGUGUUGAGCUAGUAGAAGACUAAGAUGUCACUAAAGACAUCACAGAUAUUUAUCUUUUGGCUUUGUGUACAUUAGAGAAUGUUGAUUAUUUUUAUACAAAAAUACAGCGGGUAAUUUUUUUAAUCUCUAGAUGCCUCUUGUUUGAAUGUAUGCUUUGUGGGAUUCUUUGUGUAGUAAUGUUUAAAAGAGAUGUUUACCGAUAGUUAUGUGUAGGAUUAGAAGGUUUAAUAUAAUGUAAGGCUCAUAUUCCAGACCUACAGUAGGUUGUAAUCUAUGUUACAUAUUUCUUUAUAUCACAUUUUAAUUACUGGACUGAAGUUUCAAGGAAUGGUCAGUACUCAGUAGUCAAUUUUCAUUUAUUAACAGCUAAUCAUGAUUGACAAAGUCAUCAUAUGCUCGACUUUUCCCCUCAUCUUGCAAUUUCAAAACACAAAUGCAGGACAGGCAUUAGUAAGAGAGGCCCCUGCAUGAAGGAGGGAGGUGCAAAGGAGUCUCCCCUGGAACAACAGCUUUGUCACAGAUAAUCCACAGUUACUACAGCACUGUUGAGGACAGGCACCCCUGGCGGUAAUAGUUACCUCUGAAACCAUUUUAUUUAUAGCCUUUAAGGUACUAACUUCCAAGUGUGUUGUAGGUUCUCUUUUUAUUUACUUCCUCUGGGAAGUCAUUCUGCACUUAUUAAAUGCCCCUGUGCCUAGCACAGACCAGAAGGGGCUUACAAGAAGAGUUGCUAUUGGAGAAUGCCUUAUAAUCUGAAAUGUUACAAGUGGUCACGAUCUUCUGUUGUCCCCACUCAAAACAUAGCCAGAAUACAUACUUGCUGUUUUGAGUAGUUUUAUUUAUAAAUGGCUCAUUUGCUGUCAACUUUUUGUUCUUUUUUUGAUGCAGCCAUUUUGUAGAUGAUCUAAUCAUCUUCAUUUCAAAGCUUCAGCUGUGUGAUGGGUAUGCAGCUGACACUGCAUGUCCACCCCUGUACUGAGUUUUCAGCACUGUUUCAGUAUGGUAUAGGUAGGAGGGCACUAUUCCUUUCCUUUCCUUUCCUGUUGCUAACUGGUUUAGAUUUUUAUUGGGUAAAGGAUGGCAAGCAGAAAAGGAACUUGGGAGGUUCUUUUGCUACUUAAGUUUGCAUUUUCUAGUUUCUUUACAUCUUUUCCUGUUGAGGGGGAAAAACUGUGUUUGAAAUUUUAUUUGUUUUAAGCUUGAGUUCCUAGGAAAGUAAACAAACUGAGAGAACUUACUUGUAGAAAUUUUUAUAUAACAUUCAUAUUCAUCAAGCCUUGUACAGGCAUGUGUAAACACAGCUAUGCAGCUUUGAUGUGACCAGUAUAGUAUGAGACAGUGCUAUUCCACAACCUGUCACCUUUACAGUGGCACAGAACUAUUUCUAUGCUGAUACCUUUAGGUUUGCUAUGGAAUUUUCUAAAUAGAACAUUUUUUCCAUCAUAGUUUAAGGGCUGGCACCUAGGAGUAGAGAAAGUGGAAUGGAAGGAAAGAAAUGCUAGUGCCAAAGCUUGAGAAGGAGAAAGAGGCACACAGGGAAGCCUGCCAUCUUUAUUAGUUGUCAUGCACUUCAACAUUGAACAAAUUUCUAUGCUUUUGAAGUGAAUAUUCAUGUCUCACUUAGUUUAAAAUAGCAUUUAUUUUUUUCAUAGGUAUCCCACUGUUAAUUUUCGUUUCCUUAUCUGGUGAAGCAUUUAAAACUAUGAAACAAUAUGGUAAUCAUGCCUCUGAAUAAUUUUUGUGAUAAUCUUCAUAUAGCACAUGUAAAAUUGUAGUCAAACACCCAUUCACAGAUACAGAUCUUUGAUUGUAAUCUGUCAUUGUGUCCCAUUUCACUGGCUUGUUCAAUUAAAUAUUUUGAAGCCCAUUAGUUACAAUUUUUAUGGUUUUGUUACCACUGUGGCACAAGAAUGACAGGGAAGCCAUGUAGGUUUAAGUGUUGGGCCAUGUUUACAAGUGCACAGUUUUAGAAAGUGUAAACUGAAUGAAGCUGACCUCACAGCCAUAUCCAGUGGAUGAAAUUCUCAGCUAGACAUUUUUCACUGGAAGAGGCUAUUUAUUAUAGUUUGUGGUUUGAAAACUCAAACGUGCUGCCUCUUCCAUUGAGUACUAGCUAGUGGUAGAAAAGACCUCACCUCACUACCCCUAAUACCUCCUCAGCUCCAACCAAACUGCAUGAAAACUUUAUUACAGACCUUUGCCUGAAAGUCCUUAGAGACUUUUGUAAAGGGGCCAAUUUUAGGAGGGGAAGCAGCUGGGACAGGACUUUAUGAAACCCUGGGCCGUGGAAACUGGCCCAUCUAUGCAGAAUGUGUGCCCAGUUGGUUUCUUGUGCACAAUACACGUAUGAAACUAGAAGGGCCCUGGGGAAGGUUUUCUGGGAAGAAGUUUGGGGAAGUGGAGGAGGAGAUAAAUAGAAGAGAAAAAGCAUUCCAGACCGUAGAGGAUAGCACAGUUAAGUGACGCUGUUUAGUAUAGAUUAUGGCUUUCAUCAACAGUUUGACAUAAUAAAUCACUGCUGGAUCCCAGUCAGCGCUAUAGUUUUUAUGUCAAGAUUUACCUAUAAUCAGACUCACUCUCUUAACUUGCAAGCAUAGAUACUGAUAAGUUCUAGUGAUACAAAAGUUAAUGAUAGUUGUUUUCUGAAAAAGGUGACAGCUGUUACAGUUGAAGAAUAGUUGUCAAAAACGUAAAGGCUGAUUCUUAUGAGUUGUCAGAAUUACAAAGGCAGGUUUCCAUUUUCAGAUACCACAGCUGAACCAGUCUUGUAGAUUAUUACAAUGAAAGGCAUUUUGAGAUAAUAUCUUAUUUGUUUGGUUGUGUCUCAGUCUAAGAAUUGGAUGACUAAGAGCUACAGGUUUCUCUUUACUAGUCUGGAUUUUCAGUAAAAACAAGCCUACCUCUAUUUCUUUUGUGCACAGCAAUGUGGAUCAUGAAAUGAACUAUUUAACCCAAAUUCAUUAAUACUGGCAUUUUGUAAUCUAUUUAGAGCAUUUGAUUUUAUUUCAAAGGUUGUAAUUCAGUACAGAUAAGCACAAGCAUAGUGUUAGGAAAAGUAAAUAUGCAAUCUUCCUGAAACUUAAUUUUGACCCAUUUAAGCUAUAUACGUCUUUAAAAAAUUCUUUGGGGCGAUACUCCUCUUUUGUUAGAAGUUCAUAAAAUUUAUCACCAUAUAGUUUCCUUCAUAGCAGCAGAACAAGCCAUUUCUUUAGUCAAAAAAUUUAAAAUUAUUCUUUGAAAGGUUUCUAAAUUUUUAAGAUUCCUGAGUUUUGCAUAUUAUUUUUAGAGCUUAAUCUACUGUAAAACUAUACUAUGAGAAAGCUUUAUUUGAGAGUUAUAGUAAGGCUUGAAUGCAAAUAUUAUUAUCACCAUCAUAUUGUAGAGAAAACAUCUGGCUUUUUCUGAACUUACUUUAGCAAACAUGCAUUGAGAGGGAGUCCACGCCCUCCUUUUUCUACCUGAAACCCAGCUUCUCUGCAGACUCCCCUCUCUGAGAAGCGUGCGCACUCCCCACCAGUGUCAUGUUUAUAGUAUCUUUUGGGAAAGGUUUUCCACAAAUGUCUUAUUUCUUUCUUUUUUAAAAAAAUAGCGUGUGGAUGUUGAAUUUUAUUAAAAGAUGACAAUUUUAGAGAUAUUAGAGAAGAGGUAAGAAUGAGCAUUUGGCUAAUACUCUAAAAUUAUUUUUUGCUGCCUUUCAAAAAUGUAAUUAUUGCUUUGUGAUACUGAGUAGUAUUCAGUAUGAAUCAAGAAGACAAAGUGUGCUGCUGAAAAGUAGUAAUGAAUGAAUUUUACUUUGGGAGAACCCGUAUAAUUUUGAAGCACUGUUAUGCUACUGGCAUAAUUUUAAUUAGAGAGUAAUAUAGUAAGUCCUUUUAGACUGCCUAUUCAAAUUAGCUUCAUAAUCAUUCUUUAAAUUUUAGCUAAAUAUCAUAAGGGUUAAUAGUAGCCAUUAUUUAUUGGCUUUAAAGCUAUAGUUUAUGGAAUAGUACCAGUGUUAAUUCCAUGUUUUGUGGAGCUUAAAUUGAUGGCAUGAAGAAGUUGGUGUUUAUAAGAGAGUGGUGGAGCCUGAAAUAAACAUCAACCUAUUUUAGAAAGAAGGAGUUUUUAGUCUUGCUUCAAACCAGACGUGUCCAGUGUUUAAAAUAUUUGUUUGGAAUGCUUGUCUUAAAAGUAUUUUUUCUUUAAGUAUUAAAUAAUGAGUAAAUAACUUACUUCAGUAGUAAGUGACAGGUUAAUAUACCUAUUGAAUUAACAUGAUGAGUAAAAAUAAAACACAUUGGUCUAAAGAUUGGGGUUUUACUUUGUUGGUUAAAUAGUUAUGUAUGACACUUUGGGCAAUGAUUUCGCUUUUAACCACCUCUAAAUAUACAGUAUGGUGCCUCCAGUAUUCACAGUGUUGAUUUUGGCUUAAGGUACCCCCUAGCUCUAAAACUAUAAUGCCAGACCAUAUAAUGGGACAUUUUUAAAGUUGUUCCUACUUUCUUUCCCUUUUUAAUGCUUCAUUUUAUACUUAAGAGCUUUUGCUAAAAGAUGUUUAUGAAGCAGACAUUUCCUGGGCCAUCUACAGUCUUUGUUCUCCUAAGGAUUAAGGCAGAAAAUUCAGACUAGCAAAUGAGGUUUUUCUAAAUGCUACAUAUUGGCUAACCACUGACCAUGUGAACACAUAAGAAUAUUGUCAUUCAUGCACCUAGGCAUUCAUUUAUAAAGCAAACAAUUUGAAUCCUUACAUGUACAACGUCGGCAGUGUACAUGACUUAAAGAACUGUUAAUAAGUAAAAUCUUCCCAAACAAAAUUCAUUGUGGCUUAAGUAAACAUGGACACAAUUGCUACCUAAUAUACUGACUGUAAACUUGGAAUGGGAGGAAUUUUUUUAUGCAUUGGCUAGAUGACAGCUAAGUGGUCCGAGUUAGUCACACCACAAUUCCUAUAACAUGGUUCACACACUAGACAUCAAAUGACCAUAUGUUUGAUUAGGUUACAAAAUUAAAGCUGCCUAACUUUAAGGACUUAACAUUUUGAUACUCUUGUAGUAAUCCAUAUUCCACAGCAGUAUUUGGACACUUGAUUCUGUUCUAGAGUUAUUGUUGUAUGCCAUGUAUAGUAGAACGAAAGAAGCUGGUGUUGAUUUACUGUACAUUUUUAUUUACAAAACUUUUAAACUCAAUAUUGAAAAUGCAGCAACUUUUCAAAACCAAAAAAUCUCAAAGGUGAUCUCUGGGACAGGUUUGGGUUUUGUUUGUUUUUAAAGUAAGAAAGAUCACACAAAAUAAAUUGUAUUAUAAAAUUAUUAGAGAUGCCCAGCUUUUUAUAUGUGUAAGCAGCAGUAUUUUUAGAAAGUAUAUUUACUGCAUAGGAAAAGGGUAUCCUGUAAAAUGUGGAGCUGGUAAAACGCAAAACAGUCCCAUGUUGAAUUGCCAAGUAUUUGGGAAGAAAACAUUAAAUGGGAGAAUGAAUCAUUAAUUGGGUAAAAUUUCCUUCUUGUGCUGGAAUUCUGUGACCCACACUGUAAUACCUGUUGUAACAGCUUUAAAUAUUAAUAAUCAGUUGGUAGUAACAUUCUUCAUAAAGACAAAAAAUGAGAAUAUAUUUUAAAUCCUUUUGUGUAUCAAAGUUAUAGCUUUUAAAGCAGGAAACUAUCCAAAUAAAUGUUGGAUUAGAAUUUACAUUAGAAUCUUUCAAACUGACUGAAAACAGAAACACUAACAUGUAAGUAGCCAGUCUGGAUUUUAAAAAACUGUCCCAUGGUUAAAAAUUACCUUUAUAGUGUUUUAAUUUUUUUAAAGUGUACCUAAAUUUUCAAAUGUUUUUGCUGUUAAAAUCUUUUGCAUAAAUGCUUUUUUUUGUAUAUGCAAUUUUAAGUUUUCAAAAGUCAACUGAAUAUGUGUGAAGAUAGUAUAACUUUUCUUUGUAUUACUUCCAAGUUGGAUAACUACAUUCCUAAUCACCUCACUUAAAGGCUUAUUAUUCUUUUUGUUUUUUCCCAUAUGGAGGAAAAAAAGUCAAAGUAAGUUCCAAAAAAACUACCCGCAGAGUAAGGCUUAUGCCUGUAGUGAAGGUUGGAAGCUGUAGAUAGCAGUACACAGGCAUGGAUACCGACACUGGUGGCAGGCAUUUCAAGUCUCCACUAAAUUCCUACUUUUUGUCUUCUUUUAAAGAAAGGCAAAUGGUUGUGAUAAACUUUGUUGUUGUUUUAAUUUUUGAUGCUUCAAGUGCAUGGUUAACUGAUUUGUAAAAACUUCUUCCUUUUGGUUCCUCCCGUUAUUCUAAAGUAGAAUUUUUAUAUUAUUAAACUUCAAAAGAUAAUCUACCCAGGAUGAACAAACCAUCACCAAGGGGAAAAACUUUUUUUUUUAAUCUUUACAGAAAACAAAUGUUAAGAUUAUGUAAUAGAUGUAUUCUUUACAUUGGCUGUUGUAUUAGAGUUCUCACAAAAAAUGAAAUAGUUUUAGCACUCUUAGCAUUAGAGUUCCUUGAUUGGUGUCUAUAGCUAGUUUAAAAAUGUAUAUCCUGAAAAUGAAGUUAAUUUUGCAUCAGAGCACACCAUGAUCUAUGUAAAAAGUGUCCAUUUGGUGUAUUUUUUUAAAAGAGAAAGCACUUUCAUAUUACGAGUAGCAUGUGUAUGAAUUUUAGAUUUUCCUAUUUGUUGUGUCUAUUCAGUGAAGUAAACUUGAGCAUUCAAAUGUUUGUUGAUGGCAACAUUAACUAUUAAAUUAAAGCACCUUAUACUCUGCUGCUUAAACUUGCUUGUAAUUGCACCUUUGUUCCCUGCACAUUUUCACAUAGAAUAUUGUUGUAACAUUGCUCCAUGUGGGUCUGGAUGGAAGAUUCAUGGGCCUCCAGGAUCAUUUAUUUAUAUUGUUUAUAUUCAAUAAUAUAUUGUAGACCAGUUGUAAGUUCAUUUCUUUACAAAUAAAAGCCUCUUCCAUUUGGCUGUC